GCGGAAGGCCGCGGCUCAGCUUCCGGUCUCCAUUUUACGCAGGCGACAGCGGCCGGAGAUCGAGGUGGUGCUGCUGGUGGAGAGAUCAGGCCCGGCCCGGCCUGGGCCAUCGCGUUCCGGUAACGGGGCUCACCCACUGUCCUUUUCAUAUCUCUGGGUGCCCCGGGGUUGGGGGCGCGUUCGUUGUCGCCGCGGUUCCCGGGGGGUGCUGAGCCGCUCCUCUCUCUGCUUGGCGGCAGACUGCGGCCGGUGCCGCCGCCGUGUGAGGGCGAGGACGGGGAUGGGCGCCCGCAGACUCCCCGAGAAGCUGUGCCCCGGCCGCUGAGCCCCCCACUAACCGCAGUGCCCAAGGAUCGAUCCGGUUCGUGUGCCCGGUUCUACUUAUCAUGGACCAAAGCGUCGUGGAGCACCCGGUGACCCUCAUCAUCAAGGCCCCCAACCAGAAAUACACCGAUCAGACCAUUAACUGCUUUCUGGACUGGACUGUGGGCAAGCUAAAGUCUCACCUCUCCAAAGUGUACCCCAGUAAGCCGUCUACAAAGGAUCAGAGACUGGUGUAUUCUGGCAGACUGCUUCCUGAUCAUCUGCAGCUGAAAGAUGUUCUCAGAAAACAAGAUGAAUAUCAUAUGGUUCAUCUGGUAUGUACUUCCCGGACACCCCCAAGUUCUCCAAAACCCACCACCAGUAGAGAUGGUCAUGGGACUUCAGCCUCCAGCAGUAGCUCAAAUUUAGACUGUUCUGGAUCAACUGCUGGCUCACCCACAAACCAAGAAGCGUCAUCUACGUCUUUGAACACUAGUGCAGAUGGAGUGAGGCAUCGUAAUCUUCCACAAGCACAAAGCAAUCCCAUACUAAGCCACCAGUUCCCUUAUGUAAUGCAAGGCAAUAUAGGUAACCAAUUUCCAGGCCAAAGUGUUCCUGCUGGAUUUUCUAUAUAUCCUGCAUUCAGUCCCUUACAGAUGAUCUGGUGGCAACAAAUGUAUGCACGUCAGUACUACAUGCAAUACCAAGCUGCUGUUUCAGCCCAAGUGACUUCCAGCACUGAGCCAGUGGGAUCUGCAGUUGCCCAGGCUGUAAAUUCAGAACGUGUUCCUGCAAAUGAGCCUGCAGCAGUGCCAAAUGUAGCCGUCCAGGACAACAGGCCUGUAAACCCAAAUGUUCAGAUGAAUGCACAGGGUGGCCCAGUAGUGAAUGAGGAGGAUUUCAACCGGGACUGGCUGGACUGGAUGUACACGUUCUCCAGAGCAGCAAUUCUUCUGAGCAUUGUAUAUUUCUAUUCUUCCUUCAGUCGAUUUGUCAUGGUAAUGGGAGCCAUGCUGCUGGUUUAUUUACACCAAGCUGGAUGGUUCCCCUUUAGGCAAGAGGGAGGCCAACACCAGGCAGCCAAUAACGUGGAUGUGAAUCAUGAUGGGCAACAUGCAAAUAAUCCUGAUCUAGAAGAGAUGGAACGACUUAUGGAUGAUGGGAUUGAUGAAGACAGUGGAGAAGAUGCAGGUGAAGAUGGCAAUGCAGAGCAGCAGCCCGGAUUCAUGGCUUCUGCUUGGUCCUUUAUCACAACCUUCUUCACAUCCCUCAUCCCUGAAGGGCCUCCACAAGUUGGCAAUUAAAGAGGAAAAGGAACUGUGUCCGGCUGCCUCAGUAGCCACACGUAGAAGUGGAGCAGAUUCUAGAGAGCAUUCUAAAUACAGUGCAAUUCCUGAACAUUUACAAUGUUACCUUUCUGAUCACAGUGUACAAAAACGUUUGUGUGUUUUGUUUCCUUUCAGAUUUCUGAUGCAUUGAUUAUUUUAAGCACAAGUGGAUUACUAAAUGCUUUCUUUUAAGGUUCUUCUUUUUCUGAAGAAUAAAAUGUAAAGAUACUGGUCUUCCUUGUUUUAAUUUCAAA